UCCAUGUAAUAAAUCAGAUCAAGAUCUUUCACACUGCUAUGGCAAUUUUGAUUUGAUUAAAACUCUACAUUCCCAUGUGGCCUGAGAUCGGAGGAAUUCUUGGAAGAGAACAUGCAUCAUAUAUCAGAAUUUAUAUAUAUAUAUAUAUAUUGAACUAGAUUCAGAUUUCUGAUCAAGAAUUAAUCAGCUUCCUGCUUUCUCUCUCCCUCUCUCUCUAUAUAAUAUAUAUUCUUUACAGUAGGGAUUAUUAUUACAUGUCUUUCUUAAUUUCUUCGAACUCUAUGAAAAUGUGGACAAUCGGGUUUCUGUUAGGGUUCUGCUGCUUAAUCGCCGCCGCCGAUGCUUUCACGGCCUCCGGCUGGAUUCAAGCUCACGCCACUUUCUACGGCGGCGCCGACGCUUCCGGCACCAUGGGCGGCGCGUGUGGGUACGGGAACCUGUACUCCGCCGGGUACGGCACCCGGACGGCGGCGCUGAGCACCGCGCUGUUCAACAACGGCGGGUCGUGCGGGCAGUGCUUCAAGAUAAUGUGCGACUACAAAAACGACGGCAGGUGGUGCAAGAAGGGCGUGUCGGUGACGGUCACCGCCACCAACUUCUGCCCGCCGAACCCCAGCCUGCCCUCCGACGACGGCGGCUGGUGCAACCCUCCACGUCAGCAUUUCGACAUGGCUCAGCCCGCCUGGGAGAAGAUCGCCAUCUACCAGGCGGGCAUCGUCCCUGUCCUCUAUCAAAGAGUGCCGUGCGACAGGAGAAAGCACGGAGGAGUGAGAUUCACGAUCAACGGCCACGAUUACUUCGAGCUGGUGCUGAUCAGUAACGUGGGCAACGCCGGGGCAAUCCAGGCGGUGCAAAUAAUGGGGUCGAAGAAUCCGGGCAAGUGGGUCCCAAUGUCUCGAAAUUGGGGUGCCAACUGGCAGUCAAAUGUCUACCUGGAUGGUCAAUCGUUGUCGUUCAAGGUCACCACCGACGACGGACUUACAAAGACCUUCAACAACGUCGUUCCCGCCAAUUGGGCCUUCGGGCAGACAUUUUCUACCAAUGUCCAAUUCUAGCUUAGCUUAGCUUAGCUAUAGCAACUCUUGUCGCGGCGUGCCACUGCUAACUAUUUUAAUUUGCCGGAGCAGCCCGACCCACGUAUAAUUAAUUAUUACAUACAAGAGCAAUUAAUUGAAUCAAGGGUGUUUUUUUUUUUCGAGUUGUUUGGAGAAAUUUUUGUUUGAGUUUGAAUUUUACCAUGAAUUUGAUUUAUUGUGUUU